GAACUAAGCACAGUCCACACUGAAUUAUUCAGGAAAGCAAUUCUGAAGUUGAAAAAAAAACAAAAAAAAUUAUGGGGGCAGUUGUAACCAUGGUAAUCUGUCUUUCAAGCUCUCUAUGUCUGUAUCUUCUCUUCGCUUUCAUCAAGGUUCUUCACAAACUGUGUUGGACUCCAUAUCUCAUCCAGUAUCAAAUGCUUUCACAAGGAAUCAGAGGCCCUUCCUACAGAUUCAUCAAUGGAAACUCCAUUGAAAUUUCCAGCAUGAAAAAGGCGGCCAUGAGCAGGCCCAUGAAUUUAUCCCAUGAUAUAUUUUCCAAAGUUCAGCCUCAUAUUCACUCAUGGGUCAACAAAUAUGGGAGGAAUUAUCUUCAAUGGCAUGGCUCUAAAGCUGAAUUGGUAAUAACAGAACCAGAGCUUAUAAAAGAGAUACUGAACAAUAAAGACAGAGCUUAUCGAAAGGAAGAGGUGGAAGGCUAUCUCAAGAAGCUCUUAGGAGAUGGACUGGUGACAACCGACGGUGAAAAGUGGGUAAAGAUGCGAAAACUGGCCGAUUAUGCUUUCCAUGCAGAUAGGCUGAAAAUCAUGGUUCCAGAAAUGAUCGGUAGUGUGGAGGUGAUGCUAGAACGGUGGAAACUUCAUGAUGAAGGCAAAGAGAUUGAGGUUUAUGAAGAAUUCAAUCUAUUGACAUCAGAAAUGAUUUCCAGGACAGCUUUUGGUAGCAGUUACUUAGACGGGAAGCACAUUUUUCAGAUGUUGAAGAAAAUUGAGUUGUUAGCAUUCAGAAAUGCUGAUAAAAUAAGGUUUCCUGGCAUGAGUGAAAUUUAUAGAACGGUGGAUGAAAUUGAGUCAGAAAAGCUUGGAAAUGGAUUACGUGACUGUAUAUUAGAGAUCAUUAAGAAAAGAGAAGAGAAGGUUAGGGCCGGGGAGGUGGCCAACUUUGGAGGCGAUUUUCUUGGAGUUCUUAUACAGGCUCAUCAUGAUGACAAUGCAAACCGAAGAAUUUCUAUAGAAGAUCUGGUGGAUGAGUGCAAAACAUUUUACAUUGUUGGACAAGAAACCGCCAACGGUUUGCUUGCUUGGACUGUCUUUCUUCUGGCAAUCCACACGGAAUGGCAAGAGGAAGCAAGAAAGGAGGUGCUCAAAAUAUUUGGCCACCAAAAUCCAAACCCAGAUGGCAUCACAAAACUCAAGACCAUGAACAUGAUCAUCAAUGAGUCUCUUCGGUUAUACCCUCCGGUAGUUCGAAUAAUAAGGAAAGUUGACAGAAAAGUUAGACUGGGGUUAAAUCUCACACUUCCAGCUAAUCUGGGCCUGUGCAUCCCAAAUCUAGCAAUUCACCAUAACCCUCAGAUGUGGGGAGAAGACGUGCAUCUUUUCAAACCAGAGAGGUUCUCAGAUGGGGUUGCCAAAGCUACAAACAACAACGCAGCCGCUUAUAUUCCCUUUGGCAUGGGACCUCGAAACUGUGUUGGCUUGAACUUUGCCACCACCCAAACAAAGAUUGCUCUUUCAAUGAUUCUUCAACGCUACGCCUUCACUCUUUCGCCAGCAUAUGUCCACUCACCUGUUCCGCAUCCCACCCUUCGUCCACAACAUGGUAUUCAGAUAGUGCUGCACUCCUCGUGAACACCAGCAUCCAAUGGCGCCAUCAUGUGGCCGGGAUGUCGUGUAUUAUUGAUCAUGUUAUUUACAUGCUUUUGUGUGUUCUGUUGACGGUACGGAUUCCUUCAAUUAUUAGACAUUUCGGUCAUUCUAGAUAAAGCAAACGAAGGGAAUCCAAUGUGUAAUCUGCAACUGCUCCGAUGAUAGAAUUAAUCAC